UUAACAACCAAAUCCUCCUAUAAAUACAUCUCUCCCAACUUCAUGAGCUUCACUGUCCUUCGUCCUCUGGUCACGCCACUUUUUCAAACCAAAGUUUCUGCUUGACUCGGACCUUUCUUCGUUUGUUUCUUUUUCUCCCUUUUUUAUGAUGCCAAGCGCAAGCCCUGAUCCAUCCGAUAAGGACGGAGAAGCCUUCGUUGAGAUCGAUCCCACUGGACGUUAUGGCCGUUACAAUGAACUACUGGGCUCCGGCGCAGUGAAAAGAGUUUACCGGGCAUUUGAUCAAGAAGAAGGGAUAGAGGUUGCAUGGAACCAAGUCAAAUUAAGAAGCUUCUCUAACGAUCCCAUCAUGAUCGACAGGCUUUACUCUGAGGUUCGAUUGUUAAGAAGCUUAACCAACAAGAAUAUUAUUUCUCUGUACAAUGUGUGGCGAGACGAAGAUCAUAAUAAUUUGAAUUUCAUAACCGAAGUUUGUACUUCUGGGAAUUUGAGGGAGUACAGGAAGAAACACAGGCAAGUUUCAAUGAAAGCACUAAAGAAAUGGUCCAAACAAAUCUUGAAAGGCUUGAAUUAUUUGCAUACGCAUGAGCCUUGCAUCAUCCACAGAGAUCUCAAUUGCAGCAACUUGUUUGUUAAUGGAAAUAUUGGCCAGGUUAAGAUUGGUGAUCUUGGAUUGGCUGCUAUAGUGGGGAAAAGCCAUUCAGCUCAUUCAAUUCUUGGGACACCAGAAUUCAUGGCACCAGAGCUGUAUGAGGAGAAUUACACAGAAAUGGUGGACAUAUAUUCAUUUGGUAUGUGUGUGUUAGAGAUGGUGACUUUGGAAAUUCCAUAUAGUGAGUGUGACAAUGUUGCAAGAAUAUACAAGAAAGUUUGUUCUGGAGUUAGGCCUCAGGCUUUAAGCAAGGUUUGGGACUCUGAAGUUAGGGCUUUCAUUGAGAAAUGCCUUGCUCAGCCAAGAGCAAGGCCUUCUGCUGCAGAUCUCCUCAAAGAUCCAUUCUUUGAUGGAAUUGAUGAUGACGACGAUGAAAAUGAUGAUACUUCUUCUUCAUAAUAAUAGUGAUGAUUGUGUUAUGUUGAGUCUACCAAUCAUGUUCAGAAGUGUAUGGCUCAAUUAGCAUAUAGACAUUAUUGUUGCCCCUUCUAUUGUUUCUUUCCCUUUUUCUUUUUGUCAUUUGGGAAGAGAAAGACCAAACUUGAAGAGAGAUCAUUCAGGGAUGGGUGGUAUUGUUUUGUACAGAGUUUGAAUCUUGUGAGCUAGAAGAAUCGUGAGAUAAGCUUGUGGGUAUUUUAUUGAUGAACACAAGAAAAUUUCAAGUAUGUUUGCUACA